AUGGAAGUAUCCAGUCUAGAUGCACUUUGUGGUGUACCCGAAACAGUUCCCCAGGCAAAAUAUGACCCUUUCUUCAGGCGGAAUCCAAGAGUCAUUGAGAACCUACUAGUUGAUGAAGGACGUUAUCACACAACUCCAGGGUAUUGUAGUGCUCAACCUCGUGAAAGGAAAAUAUGGAUGCGACGCUGUCUUCUAAACUGGCUCAGAGAUAUCUGUGUGCAUCGUGCAGCAGGUGGCGAGGUUCUGGCGCAUGCUACGCAACUAAUUGACCGUUAUAUGCACAUUUUUCCUACUGGUCGAAGUGAAUAUCAGCUGGUGGGUGCUACCUGUUUUUUUAUUGCCAGUAAGCUGAAGGAGAGCAUACCCAUUAGUGUGAGGGAAGUGUCAGAAUAUACAGCUAACUCAGUUUCGAAAGAACAAAUCUUAGAUAAAGAAUGGGAUAUAUACUUCAUCGCCCCUGUGGUCGAAUACCUCGAGUUUGAUCCGAAUUUGUGUCAGACAAUUCGUGAAGUUGCACUUUGUAUCUUCUUUAAAGUUUUCCAUGUUGAAGAGUUUGGCUACUAUAUGCCCAGCUACAUGGCAGCUGCGUGUAUUCUUCAUGCACUUGAUCUGACCUUACGUCGUGACAUGCCGGGUGUUACUGUCUGUUCAGUCACUCGUAUUCGACAAGUGUUGAGACUAGAAGAUGGUAAAAUAGCUGAGGCAUGUCAAGUCCUUCAGGCUUGUUUUGAGCCAGGAACAGUGCAGCCUUCUAGAUCUGUAUUAGAGGGUGAUCUAGAACCUCAAUAG